AUGGCAGCUUUAAUGAAAAAAAGAGUCCUCGCAGAAUUCAAUCAAAGCCAGGUAGUAACCGGAGAGCCUCCAAUAAAACGUCUUCGAACACUUCGAUUACAAUCAACAAGCAGCACAAAAAAUGGCUCUGACGGUUGUUCAGCUCUAGCAUACGUAGAGUGUCUGGAAAAAUGCAAAGGAGGAAAUGACGCGUUGCAAUUACUCGUCCGAAUAUCCGACACAUUAUCCCGGAUGUCAUCGGAAGACGUACCUCUAACAGUCACUAAAUUAAUAGAGCGCUUCGGAAUAGAAACAGAAGCGGCAGUGAGAGCAAAAAUUCUCUGGGUGCUAGCAGAGCUAGGAGAAGUGACAACUCAGUCCUCGGAAAAAGUUCGAAUAAUCGAAGAAACUUCUCGCCUGCUAAAGAACGAAGAAUCCCAUCGCGUGAUAAGUCAAGGCUUGUCCACAUUACUAAAGCUUGGAGACUAUCACCGGCUAGGAGUGUUAAAAAUCGCCCGAGAACAUUUAUCAGACACCUGGCACGGAGUACAGACCCGGUGCUUGUCAAUAAUCGGACGUUACCUAUCACUAAACUCAAAUGACGACACCUUGGUUCUAGUAAGUCACUACGCAAGGUCCCAGGAUCCAAGAGUUCGAGCAGCAGCGUUUGAAACAAUGGCUGAGCUUCAUUCCGAGCGUGGGUGUCGUUUAACUCCUAAUUUUUUUACAGAAGCUUGCAAUGCGCUGCGUGAUGAUUAUGAGAUAGUAAGAAGAGCUGUUCUGAAGCUGAUCUGGAUGCUGGGUGUGGAGUAUCCAGAAGAAAUAAUCGUUGGGACUGACGGUGAAGACACGCGAAUGAUAGACAGCGCGUUUUCCAAACUCUGUGGUCUGAUUGGUGAUUUAUCACCGCGAGUCCGUGCCACGGCGAUGAGCCUGAUGGGAGCAAUGAAGAACGUGUCCAGCAGAUACAUCGAGCAAGCUCUCGAUAAAAAGCAGAUGCGGGUUGAAGACGAGGGCUCUGAAAUAGAAGAGCGCAGCGCUUCUUGCGGAGCUUUUAUCCACGGACUUGAAGAUGAAUUUUUAGAAGUUCGCACAGCAGCUGUAGAGUCACUCUGUACGUUGUCUCUAGAGCGGCCAGCUAUCGCGCGAAUCGCUUUGGACUUCAUGGUUGACAUGUUCAACGACGAGAUCCAGGAUGUUAGGAUAAAAGCGAUUGAGUCGCUGAGAAAAAUGUCUACGAGUGUCACGCUUCAAGAAGACCAAUUAGAAACUAUUUUAUGCGCGCUGGAGGACUUUUCUGAUGAAGUCAGAGAAGGUUUGCAUGCAACUUUAGCUGCCAGUCGACUUGCUACUAGGAACUGCCUUCAUAUGUGCGUCAAUAGGUUGAUUGAUAACUUGACCAGGUACCCCCAGGACAAGGACAGCAUCAGAAGUUGUCUUGCAGCCUUGGGAGCUUCUCAUCCGUAUUUAACUUUGCCAUUAGUACCGCAAUUAUUAGGAAGACACCCAUUUUUUGACACGCCGGAGCCGGAUGUGGAUGACCCCUCGUAUGCAAGUGUCCUGGUGCUGAUUUUUAAUGCGGCUUUGCACUGUCCGAGCAUGCACGCGCUUUUUUCAGAGCACGCUGCGAAGCAUUAUCACUACUUGAGAGACACUAUGCCGCAUUUGGUGCCUCGUUUGAGACCAGCGUUGGCUAGAGCGCCUGGUAUUGAUGUAAGUGAUGAGAAAGACGAUAAAAGAGGCCAGGAGUUCUUGGAAAGAAUGGUCGCUGGAGUUGAAAACGCGAGACCUGGUGGGAAAGUUUAUGUACAACUACUGGAAGCUGCGGCGGUUGAUCUUGAUAGACUUGCGGAAAUGGAUAGGAAGAUGGAAGGUGCGGCUCAUUUUACUGCGCUGUAUGUCAGGUGUCUUUUAUUACUGCGGUCUGUGGUUAAAGAGAUAACUGAAUCACAAACUGAGGCGACACCAAUAAGCACAUUGCCUUCGACUAAUACUUUGGCUGUCGAGUUGAUAAGAAUUACAAAGAGCGCAACAGGUAGCGCAUUGCCUCUGGCAAGACAAUUUUUAUCUGAAGCUGAUUCGCUGCCACAAGAUACGUCAAAGCUGCCUCCAUUUUCACGAGCGUUAGUAAUGGAAAUUCCCUCUAUGGCAGACGCUAAACCUGGAUCUCUAUCAAGAUUACUAUUACCUCUUUUGACAACAUUGCCAGCUCGUGGGGAAGAAAGAUUGCCCAGGCCGUCAGUAUCUACUAAAUUAUGUCGAGCAAUUAUUGAGGAACCAAGAGGAGACGCCGAUGCUGCUUUAAAAUUUACUGGAGGACUUAUCCUAGGUAUUCCGCUUACGGCUAAAAUAUUAAACCUACGAGACCCAAGUACUAUUAGAAUAAAACUGCGACAUCCGGAUCAACAAGUACAAUUAUUGCUGCCAAAAAAAGCGGAUCUGAGACCACAAAAUAGCGAAGGUACGGAUUACAGACUGAAAACAACUGUUUUAUUGUCUCACCAGGUCUGGAUGGAAGCUUGCAAUGUUGAAGUAUCUAUAGCUCUUCUUGUCUCAUCUUCAAAUACUUCAACAUACUCACCGAAUGAUGAUCCAUAUAUUUUGGAACUGUGUAAACCAACUAAGGUGUCAAUUGCACCUAAACCUAUCAAAAGAGCUAUAUAA